AGCAUCAGAGCCGGGCGGAUGAGGCUGUAGUCUUGGGCACCCCGCCUCCUCCCGGGCCGCCCUUCCCCCGCGCCCCUGCUCUGGCUCUCCAGCAUCCUCACUCCGCCCAGUUCCGUGCCAGCUGCGUGGGCUCCGGCUUCGUGCGGGUUUUUUUCCCCUUGGAAUGCUCCAAAACUCGGCAGCGACUACGAAAAACCCCAUCGGAACUGACCGGCUGCGCUAGCACGGGGCGCAACACUGGUGCCGCGCGCCAGCCGAGCCCACCUCUGUCACUUCAGCCACCGGAUUGCAACUUUGCAGAGAUGACGGACUAGCAUGGCCUGAAGCAUGGCUCAGUUCUAUUACAAAAGAAAUGUCAACGCCCCCUACAGAGACCGCAUCCCCCUGAGGAUUGUCAGAGCAGAGUCUGAACUCUCACCCUCUGAGAAAGCCUACUUGAAUGCAGUGGAGAAGGGGGACUAUGCGAGUGUCAAGAAGUCCCUCGAGGAAGCUGAGAUUUACUUUAAGAUCAACAUCAACUGCAUUGACCCCCUUGGGAGGACUGCUCUUCUCAUCGCCAUUGAGAACGAGAACCUGGAGCUGAUUGAACUGUUGCUGAGUUUCAACGUCUACGUUGGCGAUGCGCUGCUUCACGCUAUCCGGAAAGAGGUGGUGGGAGCCGUGGAGCUGCUGCUGAACCACAAAAAGCCAAGUGGAGAGAAGCAGGUGCCUCCCAUUCUCCUGGAUAAACAGUUCUCGGAAUUCACUCCAGACAUUACACCUAUCAUCUUGGCCGCACAUACAAAUAAUUAUGAGAUAAUCAAACUUUUGGUCCAGAAAGGUGUCUCGGUGCCGAGACCCCACGAGGUCCGCUGUAACUGUGUCGAGUGUGUCUCCAGCUCGGACGUGGACAGCCUCAGGCACUCACGGUCCAGGCUCAACAUCUACAAGGCGUUGGCCAGUCCCUCUCUCAUCGCCCUGUCAAGCGAAGACCCUUUUCUCACGGCCUUUCAGCUAAGCUGGGAGCUGCAGGAACUGAGCAAGGUGGAGAAUGAAUUCAAGUCGGAAUAUGAGGAGCUGUCGAGACAAUGCAAACAAUUUGCUAAGGACCUCCUAGAUCAGACACGGAGUUCCAGAGAGCUGGAGAUCAUUCUUAAUUACCGCGAUGACAAUAGUCUGAUCGAAGAACAGAGCGGCAAUGAUCUUGCGAGGCUAAAACUAGCCAUUAAGUACCGUCAAAAAGAGUUCGUUGCCCAGCCCAACUGCCAGCAGCUGCUCGCCUCCCGCUGGUACGACGAGUUCCCCGGCUGGAGGAGAAGACACUGGGCCGUGAAGAUGGUGACGUGUUUCAUAAUAGGACUGCUUUUCCCCGUCUUCUCCGUGUGCUACCUGAUAGCUCCUAAAAGCCCACUUGGACUGUUCAUCAGAAAGCCUUUUAUCAAGUUUAUCUGCCACACUGCCUCCUAUUUGACCUUUUUGUUCCUGCUGCUGCUGGCCUCUCAGCACAUCGACAGGUCAGACUUGAACAGACAAGGUCCACCACCAACCAUCGUGGAGUGGAUGAUAUUACCGUGGGUCCUGGGUUUUAUAUGGGGAGAGAUUAAACAGAUGUGGGACGGCGGCCUGCAGGAUUACAUCCACGACUGGUGGAAUCUGAUGGACUUUGUGAUGAACUCUUUGUAUUUGGCCACAAUCUCCCUGAAGAUCGUUGCGUUUGUAAAGUACAGUGCUCUGAACCCACGGGACACGUGGGACAUGUGGCACCCCACCCUGGUGGCAGAGGCUUUAUUUGCUAUUGCAAACAUCUUCAGUUCCCUGCGGCUGAUCUCGCUGUUCACUGCCAAUUCGCACCUGGGACCUCUGCAGAUCUCGCUGGGACGGAUGCUUCUGGACAUCCUAAAAUUCCUCUUCAUCUACUGCCUCGUGCUGCUCGCCUUUGCCAAUGGCCUAAAUCAGCUGUACUUCUACUAUGAAGAAACGAAGGGGUUAAACUGCAAAGGCAUCCGGUGCGAGAAGCAGAACAAUGCCUUUUCCACGUUGUUUGAAACUCUACAGUCCCUGUUUUGGUCAAUAUUUGGACUCAUCAAUUUGUAUGUUACUAAUGUCAAUGCCCAGCAUGAGUUCACCGAGUUUGUUGGAGCCACCAUGUUUGGGACAUACAAUGUCAUCUCUCUGGUUGUCCUACUGAACAUGUUAAUUGCUAUGAUGAAUAAUUCUUACCAACUAAUUGCCGACCAUGCAGACAUAGAAUGGAAAUUUGCUCGAACGAAGCUCUGGAUGAGCUACUUUGAAGAAGGCGGCACCCUGCCUACACCUUUCAACGUCAUCCCAAGCCCCAAAUCCCUGUGGUACCUGGUCAAGUGGAUCUGGACGCACCUGUGUAAGAAAAAGAUGAGAAGGAAGCCAGAAAGCUUCGGGACAAUCGGGCGGCGGGCUGCCGACAACCUGAGGAGACACCACCAAUAUCAAGAGGUCAUGAGGAAUCUGGUGAAGCGGUACGUGGCGGCCAUGAUCAGAGAGGCAAAAACCGAAGAAGGCCUGACAGAGGAGAAUGUCAAGGAACUAAAGCAAGACAUUUCUAGCUUCCGCUUUGAAGUUCUGGGAUUGCUCCGAGGAAGCAAUCUCUCCACAAUCCCGUCAGGCACCGCGGCGAGUUCAGCAGACGCCGACGAAAAGAGCCACAGUGAAGGUAAUAGCAAGGACAAGAGAAAGAAUCUCAGCCUCUUUGAUUUAACCACUCUGAUCCACCCGAGGUCAGCAGCCAUGGCCUCCGAGAGACAUACCAUAAGCAAUGGUUCCGCUCUGGUGCUGCAGGAGCCGCCCAGGGAGAAGCAGAGAAAAGUGAAUUUUGUGGCUGAUAUCAAAAACUUCGGGUUGUUUCAUAGACGGUCAAAACAAAAUGCUGCUGAGCAAAACGCCAACCAAAUCUUCUCUGUUUCAGAAGAAAUUACUCGUCAACAGGCGGCAGGACCACUUGAGAGAAAUCUCCAACUGGAAUCCCACGGAUUAGCUUCACGGGGUGACCUCAGCAUUCCUGGGCUCAAUGAACAGUGUGUACUAGUAGACCAUAGAGAAAGGAAUACGGACACUUUGGGUUUACAGGUAGGCAAGAGAGUGUGCUCCUUCAAGUCAGAGAAGGUGGUGGUGGAAGACACUGUCCCUAUCAUACCGAAGGAGAAGCAUGCCCACGAGGAGGACUCGAGCAUAGACUAUGACUUAAGCCCCACGGACACAGCAGCCCUCGAAGAUUACGUGACCACGAGAUUGUGACAGUCGGAGGAGGAAUGUUUACCAUACCUAUACAUAUUUUCCAUAGUGCUCUGGGUGGGGGGAAAUGUUUGAAAUUCCAUUAUCAAAUGCUAAUUGACACUUUCUAGUGUUUAUCCAUCGUGGCAUAGCAACCUGUAACAUGUUUGAACAAAGCAGAGGCAACCUGAACCUCCCCCCUCCCCGCCUUUUGUAGCCUGCUUUUGCUUUCACAGUUUAUUUUACAAAUGUUUCUGUUAAAUAAAAGCACCUCGUACUCCUUGUACUGUUAAAACCACCCACAGAAAAUUUCUAGCUAUCUUUUUCAAUUAAAGCCAAUGCAAUUGAUUACAUGUGGUAAGUGACUCCUACAGUAGCCAUUUUUAUGUGCAAAAACGGAGUAUAGGGAAAUAUUCAAGGCUGGACAUUUUCACAACUUGGGGGGAGGGAUUGCUAGAGAUGGUUGGUUAUUCAUUGAAGAAUUCCAUGCAACACUACAGCUUGUCUCCAAUAAACAACCAUUACCAAAUUACUUCUUACCACAUCAGACAUAGUUAAAACAAGCUACCAUCCGCCCGUGAGAGCUACAUCCCAACCCUUUGGUACCAAGAAAGUCUGAGGCAGUUUGCAAGUCUUCUAGGCUCUAUUUUCAAGAGUCGAAGAAGAAGGUUUGUCUUGAUGGCUGAUGGUUUGUGUUGGCAAUUUGUCCUCAAGUUCAUACCUCCAACAACAACAACAAAAAAGCCCAGUUGUGAGCUUCAGGUUCAACUGCUUAUCAAGACAAAUGUAGAUCUUUGUCUUUGUCCCCAGUUUGGAAACGCAGCUCUUGGCAAGGCUCUCAGUAAUAAAACAAUAAACUCUGGUUGUUCAAGAGAAUGAGCACACCCAGGUGAAAGUAAAAUCGCCCUAGAGCCCAAAGUCAAGGAAAGUUGUUUUCCAAUGCUCUGAGCACUCAGUGUUGUUAUCCUGUUAGCAGAGGAAUGAAAGCCGGACAGCUCCCGCUUCCCCAGUGACGGGUAGAUACUUCCUUACGAAGAAAAGGACUCAAAACCUUUAUCAGGAGAAUCAAUACAGUGUAUAGUUUCCCUUAUGGGAAGUGACUGAUCCCUGCCUCUUUUGUUGUUUACAAGAUAAUUUUCCUUAUCUGGCAUUCCUUUCCCAGAUUUUUAAAAGGAAAACACUCACACAUAGUCUCAGGAUGGCACUGGCAGUUUCUUAAAGUUUAAAUUAAUUACUCCCGUCUCUUUUAAGGAGCCACAGGAAGUUCCCUCCCCACAUGAAAUUAGCUUUUCCUUCAAAUCAGUGAAAAUUGUUGAGUCUGUUUCACUGUAGGAUUUGUCUCUGAAGACUCCAGGAAUUACAUAAUUUAGCGCUGACCCAAGCUGUAAUAUGACCGUGAAGUAAGAAGUAGCAGCUGGAAUGGGGUCAGUCACUCUUCUGUGUGGACAAUACAGGUAGACACAUUUAUCUCAUGUCCAGAUGAGGAAAUCCAGUCAAGCCAUAACCUAAGGUAACUCAUUCAUGAAGGAGCUUUUCCAUACCCUUAGGGGUCAUUCUGGUCACCACAGUGCCCCAAACAUAAACACAAGGAAAGCAUUGUCUGCACAGAGGGGUUUCCGAUUCUGAAGCCUUGUUUUUUGUUGUUGUUUUGUUUGUUUGUUUGUUUGUUUGACAGUUAGUUAGGUAAAACUCCACAAGUGUGUGUCCCUUCUUGUAAAAUAAGAAUCAUGCACAAAACUUAAAUCUUUAGAUCAAAUCACAUCACAGGAGUUAGAGGACUUUAAGAGGUAUGCAGCAUGGGGUCUCAGUAAACAGUAUGCAGUGUGGGGUCUCAGAAGUAUGAUUGUGGAGUCCCAGAAGGAUGAUUGUGGGGUCCCAGUGGUAUGAUUGUGGGGUCUCAGUAAGCACUAUGCAGUGUGGGGUCUCGGUAAACAGUAUGCAGUGUGGGAUCCCAGCAGUAUGAUCGUGGGGUCUCAGUAACCAGCAGCAUAGUGUCCCAGCUAUAGAUUUGAAGUAUUAGAAAGCCAAGACAUUGAGCAUCACCCCUACAUCUGUUUUGUCUGAGGAUUUAAGAGAGGACUGGGGGUGUCUGGAGAACCCUAACCUGGUGAACGUGUGCAGUGUUUCAUGUACACCUUUAUCUCCAGUGAAUCAGCGCACAGAGUAAACUAUAGUUCUACCAGAAUAUUCCAGUAACCCAGUAAUAGGAGUUCUGCAGGCUUAUUUUUAAUCUUAUGUGUUUUUUUAAAUAAAUGACCCUGUAUAUCACCAUUCUGCAUGUCUUAGCAGAAUGGAACUUCAAAUCCUCUCUAUGCUUCAAACAACACCAAAGUUAAUAAAACCAAUGCCACGUUUAUCCUUUUUCUCUGUCUGGUAGCUUUCCGUAUUGGGUAGGAGAGCUGACAUUUUCCCAGAAACCUGGUGACUGGUGAGUGUGUGUGUGUGGAUCACCUACUUCAGUGUCCUGGAAAUGGUUGCGCUCACAGCUCUGGGAGGUCACUGAUAGGUGCCCUAUAAGUAGGCGUGAAGUAUUGCCAUUGGUGUCCAAUGCCCUGAAGAUAUUUUAUGCUCUGAUCACUGUGCAGCAUUAACAAGGAGGAACAGACUGUCCAGAGUAAGAAUGGGAAGUAACAGUGGUUCUCAGGUGAAGGAAGCUGCUCUGAAGGCCUUAAGUAAGCAACCUGGUUUUCCAUCAUUAUUCUAUUGCCUAUACAUAGAAAUUCCCAAUACUCAAGAGAAGUUUAAAAAUUGCCUUCCAUUUGUGUUAAUAACACACACACACACACACACACACACACACACACACAUAUGGUUUUAUUCCCUUGAUCUUAAAAGAAAAUAUACAUUGGGGGAGGGGAGCCUGGAUUAAUAGAGUAUUUUAUGGAAAGUCCAGCUGAACAUUAGCAGAUCUGAAAUAAAUUAACAAGACUGCCUUCUCGUGUAUAUGAAGUGUUGUGUGAUGAGGACACACACACACACACACACACACCUGUGGGCCAGUGGUGUGAUCCUGAUGGUCUCCAUAUAAAUAAAUCUGUAUUUGCUUUGUAAGAAAACUGGCUAUUGAAA